AUGCACGGUAUCCUAGACGAGAGAGCUCGCUUACUGGCGCCGGACCACGUCGUACCUCUUCGUCAAGCUCAUGUCUGGAAAGCGGCGAAGACGUGGACCAGGGCUUACGAAAAUGAUCCUGAAAUGCAAUACCUCAGGAUGAGCCACAAGCAAUCAGGCCUCGAGAAGGCAAUGGACAGAGUUGUUAUGGCAGCUCUGAUGUCUCUGCUUAGGAAGCGAAGAAUUGCUCUUACAGUUGACGACGGUACAGCCUUUGUCUUUGCAGCCAACUGGUCCCCUCGACCGAGCGGCUACCGUGAUCAUACGAAUUCUGACUUCCAUUCUGCAGAGGAAAAUAGUGUCGUCGGAGCGGCGCAAGAGCUCGAAGACAAGACCAAGAAGGCGAUAGAAAACUCGUUGGGCGAUCGGGUGAAAGACAUGGUCACAAUUAUGAUUCUAGCCACAGAUCCAGAGAGCCGAGGGAGAGGGUAUGGAGGGAGUCUUCUCGACGCCGUCACCUGCCUGGCGGACGUCAUGGGGCAAUCAUCGUGGUUGACAUCGAGUAAUGUCGCCAACACAGAAUUUUACAGAAUCCACGGUUUCAAGCCGGUUGCCGACGUCGUUCUGGGCGAUGACAAUCCUAAAUGGCAUGAGCGGCCGGUGGUAGUUAAAUUGAUGGUGAGAGCACCUCACGGGCGGAUUGCCUGA